AUGAAGCUGACCACCACUUUGGUUAUUCUGGCUUGUGCCUCUUUAGGUUGGAGCUGGGCUCAGCCGGCAGGUUAUCCCAGUGCACGUCCUCCGCCGGCCACUUACUUGCCUGCAAAGCCCCCAGCUCCUCCUCCUCGUCCACCGCCGCCAAAGAGCUAUGGUCCUCCACCCAAAAAUGGCAAUGGCAAGCCGCCACCUGCUCCGCCCAAGCCCAGCUAUGGACCGCCGCCCAAGAAUGGCAAUGGAAAGCCGCCACCAGCUCCGCCCAAGCCCAGCUAUGGUCCUCCACCCAAGAACGGCAAUGGUAAGCCGCCUCCAAGCAAUGGUUAUCUGCCCCCAGGGAAUGGUAAUGGUAAUGGAGGAUCAUCUGGCGGAGGAGGAGGCGAGGCAGGCGGCGGUGAGGUUAUUCCAAUCAUCAAGCUAGAGUCCAAGGUCAACACCGAUGGCUCCUAUAAGUAUGAAUAUGAAACUGGAAACGGCAUAAAGGCCGAGGAAAUGGGUUACCUGAAAAAUGCCGGAGACAAGGGUUCGGAGGCUCAGACCGCCGAAGGUUCCUUUUCCUACACAAGUCCCGAGGGAGACGAAAUCAUGCUGACCUAUAUAGCAGAUGAGAAUGGUUUUCAGCCGCAGGGCGAUCACCUGCCCACACCGCCACCCAUUCCCAUUGAGAUUCAGGAGGCGCUGGACAAGCUGGCUGCCGAAGGAGGCUGUCAUGGCUGUGAUGACAACGAGACGGGUGGCAAUGAGGAAGAGGGAGGUGGCGGUGGCUAUAACUACCGAAAGUAA